CUCUCCUUCCUUACGCGACCCCUUCCUCUCUUUCUCCUCUCACUCUACGCGGACCGCGGCCGGCGAGCGGGCGGCGGGCGACGGGCGGCGUACGGUUGACGGAGGGCGCCCUAGGUCCGUCUCUCUCUCUUCCCCUCCUUCCAUCUGCAGAAGAAGAUUCUGGCAAUGGGAGACGCCACCGGAGAAGGAGAUCGUGAAACUCUCGAAGCUGUACGGUCAGUGGUGUUCAAGCCGUCCGAGACCCUAGACGAGAAGAGAUUCCCGAGGAUCAGCGGCUAUGAUUUCAACCGUGGGGUGGACCUCAUGGGCCUCCUGCAUUCCAUGGCCACCACUGGAUUCCAAGCAUCCAACCUUGGAGAUGCCAUUGAUGUUGUCAAUCAAAUGUUAGAUUGGAGGCUUUCCCAUGAGGAGCCAAGAGAAGAUUGUGAUACAGAGGAGCUCAAUCCUGCCUUUAGACAAACUGUCAAGUGUAAAAUUUUUCUGGGAUUUACUUCAAACCUCAUAUCUUCUGGUAUCCGGGAGACUAUCCGGUUCCUUGUAGAGCAUCGAAUGGUAGAUGUUUUGGUUACGACAGCUGGUGGUAUAGAAGAGGACCUUAUCAAAUGCCUUGCACCAACAUAUAAAGGUGAUUUUUCUUUGCCUGGUGCUCAUCUGCGCUCAAAGGGAUUAAAUCGAAUUGGGAAUUUGUUGGUGCCUAAUGACAACUACUGCAAAUUUGAGGACUGGAUCAUGCCAAUUUUUGAUCAGAUGUUGCUGGAACAGUCUACAGAGAAUGUAAUUUGGACACCAUCAAAAGUGAUUGCCCGCCUUGGCAAAGAAAUAAAUGACGCUAGUUCAUACCUCUACUGGGCACAUAAGAAUGGUUUUCUUAGUAGAAUCUCCAUUAAUCAAUAACUCAAAUAUCUCCAUGAUGAUUAUAAGAGAAGCCCUAAUGGAGGUAUUUAUAAGUGGCACAAGGGCACUCUGUGCUUCAACUUUCCAAUACGGGAUUCCAAAUCCUAUUAUAAUUCAAAGAACCCUAACUAUUAACUUCCCUAAUAACAUCAAAAGUUAUCAAAAAGAAAGUUCACAAAAAUCAAAGGUAUUCAAGAUAUAUCCUUCAUCAAGCCAAUCCCAUGCCUUGGGUGGGUCAAAAGUUAUCAAUGAAAGCACCAUUGUUGGAUUAGGAACAAAGUCCCAUCUCAAUAUUAGCACCAUUGUUGGACCCGCGGGGCGUGCGGUCCCAAACCCCACACCAAGGUUCAGUUGAGGGAAUUGUUGUUGAUUGCGGAACCGUCUUUAGGGCGGGUAACACGCUAUCUCUUGCUGCCUUUGGAACCUUGCCUAUGCUACUCUAGUGAUGGUGCUCGACCAAGGAGAAGAAUCAAGAUGUGGGGAAGAAAAGAUGACGAUUCUAUUCCAAAUGACAACAAAAAUGAGAAAUCUAGCAAGAUCGGAAAGGAAUCAUGCUAGCUUAAUACAAUCUAAGGGGAGUUGAUUUACCCCACCCUAGCCCAAGCCUUGCGGCCGAAAAACCCACCUAAGUGACCUAAUGGAUAACCCUUUACAGUGUAGAAAAA